CGCGAUGCCGCUCGCCCAGCUGGGAGCGGAGCCCUGGCCCGACAUGGAGCUGGUGGACAUGGAGUUGGACGCCGAGAAUGGGCAAGCUGCUCUGGAGGAAAAGAAAGGAGCUCCGUCCAAGGCAAAACGGGAUCCCACUUGGAUCGAGAGAGAUGUGAGAUCUGUAGAUAAGAAUGAAGGCUCAGUUCAGGAAAUUACCAUCACAUACCUGGUGAAGGAGGGAUCCGAGAAGGCCGACCCGUCGCAGUUUGAGCUCCUUAAAGUCCUGGGGCAAGGCUCUUUUGGCAAAGUUUUCCUAGUAAGGAAAAUCACUCCGCCAGACAGCGGCCACCUGUAUGCCAUGAAGGUCUUGAAGAAAGCCACUCUGAAAGUGCGUGAUCGAGCGAGGACAAAAAUGGAAAGGGACAUCCUAGUGGAAGUCAACCAUCCCUUCAUAGUGAAGCUCCACUAUGCAUUCCAAACAGAGGGGAAACUCUACCUCAUUCUCGACUUCCUCCGAGGGGGAGACCUCUUCAUGCGCCUUUCCAAAGAGGUAAUGUUCACGGAAGAAGACGUGAAAUUCUACCUUGCAGAGCUGGCGCUGGGCCUCGGUCACUUGCAUCGCCUGGGCAUUGUCUACAGAGACCUUAAACCAGAGAACAUCCUCCUAGAUGAUGAAGGGCACAUCAAGCUCACAGAUUUUGGUUUGAGCAAAGAAGCCAUCGACCGUGAGAAGAAGGCCUAUUCUUUCUGUGGGACAGUGGAGUACAUGGCGCCAGAAGUGGUGAAUCGUCAGGGCCACACCCAGAGCGCUGAUUGGUGGUCGUAUGGGGUCUUGAUGUUUGAGAUGCUGACGGGGUCCCUGCCAUUCCAAGGGAAGGACCGCAAGGAAACGAUGAUGCUCAUUCUCAAAGCAAAGCUGGGCAUGCCCCAGUUUCUGAGUUCCGAAGCACAGAGUCUCCUGCGAGCGCUUUUCAAGAGGAACCCAGCCAACAGGUUAGGUUCGGGUCCUGAUGGCGUGGAAGAGAUCAAGCGUCACCCGUUUUAUUCCACCAUUGACUGGAAUAAGCUCUAUCGGCGAGAACUCAAACCGCCUUUUAAGCCUGCAGUGGGCCAACAAGACGACACCUUUUAUUUUGACAAAGAGUUUACUUCUCGCACACCUAAAGACUCCCCUGGGAUCCCACCUAGCGCGGGGGCCCAUCUGCUCUUCCGUGGGUUCAGUUUUGUAGCAGCUGGAAUGAUAGAGGAUGAAAAGGCCAAAUCUCCACCUGUGCCUCUGCAUUCUGUGGUGCAGCAACUGCAUGGCAAGAACCUCCAGUUCAGCGACGGUUACGUGGUGAAGGAGGCGAUUGGCGUGGGCUCUUACUCUGUGUGCAAACGCUGCGUUCACAAGGCAACGAACACGGAAUACGCCGUGAAGGUCAUUGACAAGAGUAAGCGAGACCCUUCCGAAGAGAUUGAGAUACUCCUACGGUACGGGCAGCACCCGAACAUCAUCACUUUGAAGGAUGUGUACGAUGAUGGCAAGCACGUCUACCUGGUGACUGAGCUCAUGAGAGGAGGGGAGCUGCUGGACAGGAUCCUCAAGCAGAAGUAUUUCUCGGAAAGGGAAGCCAGCUCUGUCCUGCACACGAUUUGCAAGACCGUGGAGUAUCUGCACUCACAAGGGGUGGUCCACAGAGACUUGAAGCCUAGCAACAUCCUCUACGUAGACGAGUCUGGCAACCCAGAGUGUAUCCGCAUUUGCGACUUUGGCUUUGCCAAACAGCUGAGGGCAGACAACGGGCUUCUCAUGACUCCUUGCUACACGGCCAACUUUGUAGCUCCAGAGGUUUUGAAACGUCAAGGUUAUGAUGAGGCCUGUGAUAUUUGGAGCUUAGGAAUCCUCCUCUACACAAUGCUGGCAGGGUACACUCCCUUUGCUAACGGGCCCAAUGACACUCCGGAGGAGAUCCUCACUCGGAUAGGCGGGGGGAAGUUUUCCCUCAAAGGAGGAAACUGGGACACUGUUUCUGACACAGCUAAGGACCUGGUAUCCAAGAUGCUCCACGUUGACCCUCAGCAGCGCUUGACUGCCAAGCAAGUUCUCCAGCACUCGUGGAUAACCCAGAAGGACAGGUUGCCCCAGAGCCAGCUGAGUCACCAGGAUGUACAACUUGUAAAGGGUGCUAUGGCUGCCACGUACUCUGCGUUGAACAACUCCAAGCCAAGCCCCCAGCUGAAGCCCAUUGAAUCGUCCUUCCUAGCACAAAGGAGGGUGAAGAAGCUCCCGUCUACCACACUGUAAUGAGGGAUGCCCCUAGCCUGCCC